UCAAGAAAAGGAUGACGUACACACGUUCCCUGUCACGUGACUGCCGUUGCCUCUAAAACACCAAAGGAAACGUCAUUUGACGUCAUAAUCUGUGAGUGACGUAGUAGAAACCAUGAUAUAUAACUCCUGACCGAGCCAGAGCAGCUUCAGUUGAAGGAGACACUCGAAGAGACGACUCGGUCCAAACGGAUGAGUUCUCAGAGCGACCUCAAACUAGUGGAAAGAUCCGCAAACCUGAAGGAAGAACAUCGAUUUGUGCUGGAUUCAAAGUGUGAUCAAGACAUGGAGAAGACAGCCGCCCAAAAACUCCUGAGCACAAUCUCCUGUGAGCUGCAGACUCUACAGCAGCAGACUGCAGCUCUGAAGAGAGAGUAUAAGGAGGUGAAAACAACAACUCUGAAAGUGGAUCAAAUGAGACAAAACUAUCCUAAGAUAGUGAAAGAAAUCUACCGUUUAAAAGAACUCAAGCAGGACUUAGAAACGGAGAUCUCAGCCCUCCAAAGCAGAUCAGGAAAGGCUGACGGGAUGAAGAUCCUGUACAAAGAACAAAUGUCCCAGCUGAAUCUACUGACCAAAGAAGCAGAGAGCCUUCUGCAAACAAGGAACGCUUUAAAAGAUUCACUUCAGCAUCUCAAAGGUCUGAAAUCUGAAUCGGACCAGAUCCAAGCAGAAAAACAGAGAAUUGAGGAAAGAAAUUCCAACCUUUCCAUGGAAGUCACCAGUCUGCAGGAGCAAAUCAAGGACUUUGGUGACCUCCAGAAGAAACUUUGUUCUGUGAAAGAGGAAACUUCAGUAACAGACGAAGACACCGCCUUCUAUGAGAAGAAAAUCCAUGAUUUAAAGUCUGAGCUCUAUGACUUAUACCAGCAAAAUGAAGUUCUGGAGCAGGAGACUCAAACACUGAAAAACAAACAGAAAAGAAACAAGGAAAUUAGGAAACAGUACGACAACAUGUUGAGGGAGAAGGCCCACGAUGAGAAGCUCCAGAAAAUCUUUAAAGCUCAGAUCUCAGAUCUGAGAGUCCAGAAAGACGAUACGAUACAGCUUCUCAAUCAGUACGAACAAGAGAAGAUAGAGGGAGCUCUACUGAAAGAUCAAACCAGGAAGCUCCAAGAAACAAAGACGGCUUUGAUUGAAUCACUUCAAAAUCAGAGAAAUCUCAAAAGUGACUUCAGCAACAUCAAAGCAGAAAACCAGAAGUCCAAGAAAAUCAAGGCAGAUCUCUCCCUGGAAGUGAAACAGCUGCAGGAGGAAAUCCAAGGCCUCAAUGACCUCCAGGAGAAACGUUGCACUAAGAAAGAGGAAAGCUUGAGAGCAGAAGAAGACCCCAAAACCAAUGCAGAUCUCCCCCUGGAAGUGACACAACUGCAGGAGGAAACCAGCAGCGGCUUUGACGAAGUGCAGGAUGAACCGUGUCCUCCAAAGAAAGGACCGAUCAUUCUGCCUUCACCGUCUGAAAAGGUCAACCGUCAGAAACCAGCUUGGCUGAAGGUAUCUCAGAAGGUCCAGGACACUCGCAGAGAUCAGCUGGACCAAGAAGAAGACGACCUUUUCUCUUUCUGUUCUCCAACAAAGAAGAACCUCAACAGACGUCCCAGACUCACUAAGACUGAACCCAAGAAAGAAACAGGGACCAAUGGAGGUAUCAGGACUUCUGAAAAUUCCACUUCUUUGCCAAAGGAAAAAGAGGACAUCCGGAUCGAACAUGAGGACAAUUCAGACGACGAAAUAAAGUCGGAACCAAAAGAAAGAAAGGAAUCCUCUGAAAGUUCCAACGCUAUUGCAGACUCGUCUCAUUCUUCUUUUGUAAAUGAUUACGGGAACGACAGCUUUGAUGAAUACACGGACGGUUCAGACGACGAAAUAAAGUCUGGACCAACAGAAAGAACGGAAUCCUCCAAAAGUCCUAACAAUUCUGCAGACUCGUGUUUUUCUUUCUCUGAAGUGAACGAGUACAAUAGCUUUGAUGAAGACACGGACAAUGAAGAACAUUCUGAACCCAAUGGAAGAACAUUGUCCCAUGAAAAGGUUCUUGAAGAUCCAGCUUGUUCUUCCUUUGAGAAAGUAGAGGAGAACUUAGCUUGCAACGACUUUCAAGAGACCUUAGACAAUGCUGAGCCUGAACCGAGGAAUGAAACAGCAUCCAUGGAAGAUCCCAAGAUUCUUCCAAAUGCUUUUCAUUCUUUGCCUGAGAAGCAGGAGGUCCUCAGUUUAAAAGAGGACCUUCAGGUCACUUCUGAUGAGAAAGAAGAGACCAAACCUAAAGAGGAAGAAGUAUCCAUCAAAGAUACCAACAUCUUUAAAGACCCGGUGAACUUUCUGGUUCCAAAGAGAAGAGCUGGCUGUCUUCCUCCAAUAUGCAACACGGCCACCAAAAAGUCCAAACCAAAGAAAGCAAAAGGAGCCAAAAAAAAGAGCAAGGAAGAAUGCUGAGAUUGGACGCCAAGCAAGAAUACUGAAAAAACAAAAACGGAUACAAGACACAUGGACAAGGAACUGCAAAGUGAUGAUUAAACCAAAUGGAACACCAGAACAAGCCAAAAAAGUAAAUCUAAGGGAAAUGUCUGACCUGGAUCAAUACAAGUAAGGUAACAUGCAAUUAUUUACCUUUUCUUGUGUUCUUAGUACAGUUUCAGCUUCAUUCAAUAAAUACAAAUCAAAUAGUGGAUCACAAUAACCUUAAGUCAUUUACACCUCAAGAAUAUAAGCAACAUGACCAAGAAUACGACAUUGACCCUGAUAAAUACCUAUGAAAUAGCAUACGAAUAUUUGAUUCAUUUUUUAUUUAUUAUAUAUUUAUUUUUGCGGAUGAUACAAAUUUAUAUUGUUCAGGUCAAGAUGUUUUUCAAUUAAUUAUAGAAAUGUAAAGGGAGUUAACUAAAUUUAAAAUUUGGUUUGAGAAUAACAAGUUAUUUUUAAAUGAAAUGAAAACAAAAUUGAUGGUUUUUAAAAAUCUUAAAUUAGUUAAUACCUUAAAAAAUGUAGGUUACUGAUAAAAUGUAAAAGAAUUAGUCAAUACCAGUGAAACUCCAUUUUCAGUAAAUAUGUAUGUAUGCAGCUGUAAAAUAUGUAUAUAUAAUAUGCAUGAAAUGUUUAUAUGAAUAUGUAUUUUGUUACAAUUUAGUUUUU